AUCAGAAUAACUUUAUUUUUAAAUAAUGGCUGCAAUAGAAAGCAAAACGAAUUCAAACAGAAACAGUUUUGGUCUUAAGCCUGAAGAUUAUAUUUACGAGGACGAUUUGUGUUUCGUGUUCGAUGAAGUAUACAAUCCGCAAGCCCCUGUCCACUACGUGGUAGCGCCGAAGAAGCAUAUCCCGAGACUAUGCCACGCUACAGAUGAAGACGAGAAGAUUCUUGGCCACCUCCUAAUCGUCGCCAAAGACACCGCUAUAUUCCGGGGCCUCCACAAGACAGGCUACCACGUGGUGCUAGACGAGGACCACAGGGCGGGGAGGCUGCGGGCGCUCCACGUGUUCGGGCGCGCGCUGCAGCACAUGCUGUGGCCGACGGGGCCCGGAGCCCGGCUCUGA